AUGCCGAAAUUUCAGUGCCUGACAUGUGGCGAGACCCUGGAUGCGGAAGCUAUGAUGAAGCAUUUGUCUGCAACAAGACAUAAGACAAUUGCUGACGCAUACAGCGAGGAAGAAAUAAGUUGUGAGGAGUGUCAGAAUACAAAUGUUCACCAAUUAAGAAUUAUUAGAUUGGGAGGUGAGGAUAUGAGUCUGCUAUGUAAUUCAUGCUUUCAAAAGGAGUAUACCGACUCUGAGAAACCCAGUACGUCCUAUACAUUAUCCAACGGUUCGUUUUUGAAGUACUGGAACAUGUACAUCAACGUAAGAGAUUGCGCUUGUAACAAUUGUGGUAAUGAAUCGAGGCUUAAUGUCAAUGAAAAGAAAAAAGUAUUGUGCGACAAAUGCCUGCAAUUACUUCCAAAGGAACAAGCAGAGAAAUUCAUCUCCGAGAGCAGUGGCAGGUUCUUAUAUGUGUUCCUCGGAAUCAGGGAAACAAUGUCAUCGAAUACUUCACGUAAGAAAGGUGGUAGGAAAAUCGGCAGGCGUGGCACAGAAAAUGCUCGUGCCAAGUCCAGGCAACCAAGGGAGAGGAAACCGCUUACGGUACAUCAACAAAUCGCCAAAACAGCCUAUGAAAAUAAAAAACAGAAUAGCACUAUUGAAAGCGAUAGUAGUAUAAGUCUGAGAUCUUUCAAGGGUGUGAAAGCCGAUAUAUCUGGUAAGUCUUACGGCUCUCACAAAAAAUCUGUUCCUACGCGCAAGGGAAAGCAAGAGUCAGCCGGUCAUAGUAGCACCACCAGUCGAUCCAAACCACCUAAAAAAGAUAUGCCCAAUGGCAGCACUUCGAAUAGCCCCCCCAAUAUUAAUAAGAGGAGCGCGACCAAAAAAGUUAUUGGAAGGUAUCAAGGAAAUCCAGACAAUUCGAGAAAGCCGAAUGUAAAAAAACAAAGCGGUAAUAGUAGAAAUGCUGAGAAUGGAAGCACGAAGGUUGUUCCAUCGAGAGACUUGAAAAAGGGAAGCCGGGCCAAAGACACCAUUCCGAAACGUGCUACUAUUCCCGAUUCUAAAGAGAGUGUAGCUAGAAAGAAUAAAGAGUUAAAUAAUAAAAGCGAUAAAAUCGGAACUAAAAAGACUGGGAAAAAUGAAAAUUUUGUUAACGAAAUAAUUAUAGAGCAUAGGAAGAAGAAGGAAAACUCGUCGAAGGAGCUAGAGUCUAAAGUUGAAGUAAUCGAGGAAGGAGAAGUUUUGAAAGAGUACACGGGCUAUUCUACACAGCUGAAUUAUCCAGAUCUAGAUUCUUAUUUCAAUAAGCUAUCCUACGCAUUAUUCUUGGAACAAAAAGUUGACGACGGCACGGAUUUUAUUGAAGACUUCAAAAUUAUCUGGCAUUCUGGUGCUGGUGCCAACUUUUUUGUUGUAACUAUGCCCUCCCCCUCCGUAAGUAACUCAGAAUUGUCAAAAUUGAUAUCGCCAGAAUUAUUGAAGCUAGGAAGGUUACCUUUCACAAAAAGACAACCAUUAAUACUUGUGUCUAACGAUGAAACAAAAAUAUGGUACGCUUACGUCAAGGAAGCUGAGCUUAAAAAAAAUAUGAUCCAAGUUUUACUUGAACUUUAUCCAUGGAACAAGGACAAGCUACCGACAAAUCGUCCAAGUGACGAUUUUAAAAUUCUACCGUGCUCGGCUCAAACCAAUAGAAUUUUUUUUGCAAUGACAAGAAUAAAGAAUCAGAAAUUCAUCGACUUAAUAUUAGGUCAAAAACCUGUAAAACAAUUAUUCUUCAGAAACAGUCUUCGAUUUACUAGUGACAUUUUCAAUGAGUCACAAAAAUCAGCUAUCCAGCAUGUACUAAAUAACGGUGUUACCAUUCUGCAAGGACCGCCCGGAACAGGUAAAACUUCGACAAUCGAGGAGAUUAUUCUUCAACUCAUUAAGAACUUCCACUCCUUCCCAAUAUUAUGUGUUGCCGCUUCUAAUAUUGCCAUUGAUAAUAUAGCGGAAAAAUUCGUGAACAACCGGCCUGAUAUAAAGAUUCUCAGAAUUGUGUCUGAUAGCAAAGAGUCGCAAUAUAAUGCUGAACAUCCACUAGGAAAAAUCUGCUUACAUAACAUUGUUCGUGAGCAGCUCCCUCCAGACAUCAAAGAGAAUUUGAUCAAGCUACGAACCGGAAGAUCUAGAGAUGUUUCAAAAAAUCAGUACAAUAAAUUGUUAACAUGUCAGAAUGACAUAUCGGAUAGACACGUUUUACAGGCUCAAAUUCUUUUUACAACAAACAUAGCCGCAGGUGGCCGUCAGUUGAAAGCUCUAAAAGAAUUACCAGUGGUUAUUAUGGAUGAAUCAACACAAUCCUCAGAAGCGGCAACGUUAGUUCCUUUGUCUUUACCUGGUAUAAGAACUUUUGUUUUUGUUGGUGAUCAAAAACAAUUAUCAAGUUUUAGUAAUAUUCCACAGUUAAAAAUGUCACUAUUUGAGAGAGUCCUUUCAAAUGGUUGUUAUACGAAACCUCAUAUGUUGGAUACUCAAUAUAGGAUGCACCCAAAAAUUAGCGAAUUUCCAAUUUUGGAAUUUUACGAUGGUAAAUUGAAGGAUGGUGUCAAUGCUGAGCAGAAAAAAUGGCCAGGCAUAAAUUAUCCACUCUUUUUCUAUCAAUGCAACGAAGGCCCUGAAUCGAAGGUUUUUAGUAACAGGAGUGGUAUGAGAGGAUUCACCUAUACUAAUAGUUUUGAAAGCAAGGAAAUUCUAAAGAUAGUAUACAAGCUCGUAUUAGAUAAAGGUGUAAAAAACGAACAGAUCGGUAUUAUAACACCCUAUUCAGCUCAAAGAGACCAUUUAUCAGAAUUGUUUGUUAAAGAUCCUGUCAUCAACCCAAAGAAAAUAGCAAUGGAACAAGAGAUUGAUGAGGCGGAUUCACUCGAGGGCGGAUUUGGAGGAUCUAAAGGUCCAAAGAAAAACGCUAUCAAUAUCAUUAAUGGUUUAUUUGUAUCAACCAUAGAUUCAUUCCAGGGUCAUGAAAAGAACUUCAUAAUUUUUUCGUGUGUCAGAAAUAAUAAAGAAAAUAAAAUUGGUUUUGUAAGUGAUAAAAGAAGAAUGAACGUUGCUCUAACAAGAGCGAAAAAUGGAUUGAUUAUUGUAGGAAAUAAGUGCGUCCUUGCGGCAGGAGAUCCACUAUGGAACAAAUACAUUCACUUCUUGGAUCAAAAGAAGUUUAUAUUCAACUCAUUAGAUGUAUAUUAA